AUGGAAGAUAACAGCUAUUCCAAGAAAAUCUUUUUCGAGAUAAGGACGCAGAAGUAUCUCGAGGCAUUGGACAAGAAGCAGAAGUACCUCGAGGCAUUGGACAAGCCUGAUCGGUCCCAAGCCGUGGAUAUUCUAGUAAAGGAUUUAAAUUUUUUUGCCGCAUUCGAUGAACUUUUGGAGGAAAUCGCUCAGCUCUCAACAUUGGAGAACUUUAGCCCUGAUGGUGCUUUAUUUGGUAUUGCUUACUCGAGGCACAUUGUUCAAAUAUAUUCUUAUCAUGGGGGUGAUGGCGUACGAGAGCACCUAGAGAUUGAUGCACAUGUUGGUGGAGUAAAUGAUCUGUCAUUCUCCCAUCCCAAUGAGCAGCUUUGUGUGAUUACCUGUGGGGAUGACAAGACCAUCAAGGUGUGGGAUGCUACAACCGGUGCAAAACAAUAUACUUUUGAAGGUCAUGAGGCUCCAGUUUAUUCUGUCUGCCCACAUUAUAAGGAAAACAUUCAGUUUAUUUUUUCAAUAGCACUGGAUGGAAAGAUAAAGGCUUGGGAGUAUGACAAUUUGGGAUGUCGAGUUGAUUAUGAUGCGCCUGGUCGCUGGUGCACAACCAUGGCUUACAGUGCUGAUGGUACCAGGCUAUUUUCAUGUGGGACAAGUAAAGACGGUGAGUCAUAUAUUGUUGAAUGGAAUGAAAGUGAAGGGGCUGUGAAGAGGACCUAUCAAGGCUUUCACAAGCGUUCUUUUGGUGUUGUGCAAUUCAAUACUAUUAAAGACCGGUUUUUGGCUGCUGGUGAUGAUUUUUUUAUUAAAUUUUGGGACAUGGACAAUAUUCAACUUCUGACAACUGCUGAUGCUGAUGGAGGCCUCCCAGUAGGUUCGUUUCCUUUAAGUAAAUUGAAAUAAUAGAAUCUUAAAUACCAAGCUGCUCAUCUUCUUUACCCCUCCUAUCCGCCUCAACAAGGAUGGCACUCUCUUGGCUGCUUCUGCCAAUGAGAAUGGGAUUAAAGUUUUGGCAAAUGCAGAUGGAAUGCGGUUGUUGUGAACAAUUGAGAAUCAUCUUUCUUACGAUGGGUCUGAUGGACGAUAAUUACUCUGAUCGAUUGCUUCCUGAUUGUCUGUGAUCACUGCCUGCUGCAAUCCCUGUUUAUUUGUAACCCCUUUGACUGAUAUCCUGCACAAAUCAUAUCUGUUAGAAUAACUUCCGUAUAUGUAUAUUCUGUAUACAAAGUCAACUUGUACAUUGAGGCUUUAUUAGCCUAUAUAAUGAAUGAAGAUCAGAACCUCAA